AUGGAGCACGAAGAAGGGAACAACAAUGGAGGCAACAAUGGUCCACCACCCCCUCCUCCCACUAAUGCUGAGCUUCUACGACAGCUGGAGGAAUUGCGCCGACAGGUUAAUCGUGAACCAGCUGUGCCGGUGCAGAAUCAAUAUGUAUACCACGGAGUGGCAAACCCAACUGUCUUCAACAAUAUUGAUGCCAACAACUUUGAGCUGAAACCAGGACUGAUCCAGAUCGCGGAAAACAAUGCUUUUAGGGUCAAAUCCUCAGAUGACCCUAACAAGCAUAUUACCAAGUUCAUUCAGAUCUGCAACACGACGAAAAUGAAUGGAGUGACAGAUGAUCAGAUCCGAUUGAGACUGUUUCCUUUUUCUUUGGAAGACGCGGCAAAGGAUUGGCUCGAGAGUUUGACACCGGGGUCCAUUAGAACAUGGGACCAGAUGGUCCACAAAUUCCUGGAAAAGUUCUAUCCCCCUAGUGAGGCUAUUAAGAGGCAACACGAGAUCAUUGCCUUCCAGAUGAUUCCUGUGGAGACUAUCGGAGAUGCAUGCGGGAGAUUCAAAGCCUUGCUGAAGAGGUGUCCCAAUCAUGGUUUGUCCCCAACAGUGCAAGUCAUUAUAUUCUUCAAGGAAUGUAUACCUGAAGCACAACGAGAGUUAAAUCUUAGCGCGGGAGGUAAUCUUCUCAAGAAAGGAGAGGAGGAGGCGAUGGAGGUGAUUGAAGAGCUUGCAUCCAGUGAUGAAGGAUGGAGCAACGAAAGGAGUAAGGUGCAUAGGGUGGCUUCUACCACGGAUCAUGAUACAAUGAGCACCUUAUCCGACAAGCUGGAUGCCUUAACCAUGAAAUUUGACUGCAUGGCGAUGAGGCAACCGUCUCAAGAGCCCCAAGGAAGUAUGGAGGAUGUGAAUUACGUGCAGCAGGGGGGCAACAUGUAUUACAAUAACUCACGCCCGAACUUUAAUGGUGGAGGAUACAACCAGUAUGGGAACAAGGGGCAUCCGAAUCUAUCUUAUGGGAAUCCCAAUAAUGCUCUGCAACCUCCUCCGGGUUCACAGUCACUGAUGGGAUGA